AUGGAGCCGAAAAAGUACAAUUUAUCAUCCGACGAAACCGGGUUUACCAACGUUUACACGGACGGCGCGUGUCUUGGAAACGGAAGAUCUUCACCGAAGGCCGGAAUAGGCGUAUUCUUUGAAACCGAUCAUCCUCUGAAUAUUUCAGCACCUGUCGACGGCAAACAAACGAACAACGCCGCUGAGCUUCAAUCAGCAACGAGUGCCGUUUUACAAGCACAAAAAGCCGGAAUUACGAAAUUGCGAAUCAAUACCGACUCUCAGUACGUGAUCAGAAGCUGCACAGAGUGGAUACCUCGUCGGAAAACAAACGGUUGGGCAAAAGCGUCAGGAAAGCCAGUCGAAAACAAAGAACAAUUGCAAGAUUUAGAUCGAGCAAUUUCGUCACUGGAAGUAGACUGGAAACACGUUCCAGGACACAGCGGACACCCGGGAAACUCGCAAGCCGACGAUUUGGCAAAAAGAGGAGCCAAGCGGUAA